UUAAACGAUGCGCGCGCAUUCUACGUUUAUCAUAUGACAAUCUGUCAAAAGUACUAUUUGAUAGUUAAUAUUCUAUAUAUUUAAGAUCUAUUAAACUUUAAUAUAAAUUUAUAAUCAACUACAUAACAUUUAUCUCUGUAAAUAUUGAAAAUGACAGCAGAAUUAAGAAAAUUUCUUUAUGGACUUUUAAGUAGUGUGGAAGGACUUCAUAGUAUAUUAAUAACAGAUAGGGAUGGAGUACCUGUUGUGUCUGUAGCAGAUGAAACAACACCAGAAUUAGCUAUGAGAGCAAGUUUUUUAUCUACAUUUGGCAUGGCAACAGAUCAAGGAAGUAAAUUAGGAUUAGGAAAAAAUAAAACAAUUAUAUGCAUGUAUAGUAGUUAUCAGGUAGUUCAAAUGAACAAAUUACCAUUAGUAAUUAGUUUUAUUGCUAGUCAUAAUUGUAAUACAGGCCAUAUAUUAUCUUUGGAAAGUAAAAUUGAUCCAAUUUUAAGCAAUUUAAAAAAUGCAGUAGUGGAAGCCUGAUGGUUACCGGUUGUGCAUUACGGGUGAUAAAUACCAAAAGUUUGCAAUUAUAUUUGGUAAACACUUGUAAUUAAUAGAUAUUAUAAAUAAUGGGGUGGAAAUAUUAUUGUAUAUUUCUUUUUCUAAUUUACAAAAAAAUUUAAAUUACAUUUUUUUACAAUUUCUCUGUAUUUCUCUUCAUUAGCAUUUUUAUAUGACAUUUUAAAAAAAAAGUAUUCAACAUUUUUUAUAAGAUAAUAUAAAAAAUAAUGCUAGAUAUUAAACAUUUUUAUAAUGAGCAAAAAAUUAUCACAAAAUAUCAAAAAUAUUUCAAUGUUUUCAAAAUGUAUUUAAAGAGAUAUAGAAAUUUUAUAUGUAUAAAUAUUAUAAAUUCAUAUAAAAAAAAAAAUUAAUAUUAAAGUACAUGUUAAAUUUAUAUGUAUCAGUUAAUAUUCUAAAAUAUUUUAAAAAUAUAUUAUUGUAUUGUAUAAUUAAUAUAAUAAUGUCUUAUAAAUUGUGAAAUAAAAAUUUAUACUUGAUAUAUGUUCAAGAGAACAUAUUAGUUAUAAUUCAUAUACCAAUGGCUUAUCCUCUAAUCCAUUGAGAAUGUUUUGUGCUGCAGUAAGAGACAUAUCAAUUCUUGUCUUCACAGUAGCACUGCCCAUAUGAGGUACAAUAACUGCAGUAUAUUUUAUAUUUGUUAAUGUAUAUACAAUUUUGCUACAUAUUUCUAUCAACUAAUAUGUUCACAUUAUAAAAAUAUAAAAUGGAAUAUAUAAAGAAAAUCUAAUAAAGAUAUAAAAAAAGUAAAAAAA